GGACCCCUCCCCAGCUUCCUCAAGUACACCACCUCUUCUAUUUUUCACUGCAUCCGCCAACACCACCUUCACCUAUGUGUUAAUUCUUGGAAAAAAUAUCUUUCUCCUCCUUUAUUUGUGGGGUGGGGUGGGGUGGGGUGGGGGAAGACUGGGAGGCUUCUCUUUGAUCUCUCAAUUGCUCGCUCCAUGUCCUAAAUCUCUCUCUAAAUUUCUAUUCUUUCUUUUGAAUCUAUAACUAACACCAUCCGUGCUGAGUGGAAGGAAACAUUUAUUCCUAGAAUGAUUUUCUUCAUUUUUGCCAACAUUUUGUAGGUGGUUUCCCCGAUUUUUGUCUUCGUUUCUCGAUGUCGUGGAUCUAACCCCACUUCCCAUUUUGGAUACUCUCUCAAAUUAUGUUUCUUUCUUCUAUCUGUUAAGAUCCGCUUACUCUUGUCGUUAUUGUUCGGAAGAGUUUAGUCAUCUCUUCUUCUUUUCCUUUGGGAACUCUUGCAACCCAGAGAAUCUAUGUAAUCUAGAGUUAAAUUUGUUAAAAUGGUGAAAGACCCGUUUCUCAAAUCGUUGAAAUUCGAUCACUUUCCCGUCCGUUCCUCUCAAUCUCUGGAAAUUUCAGCUACUCUGAUCAGCACUUUAGGGUUUUGAGGAAAGAAAAUUGCACCUUCUUCUUUUGCCGAUGGAUUUCUCCAGCGGCAACGUGGUCCAAGUAAUCACCGGAAGUGGUCCGGACAGCUGGUCUGGCGGCGACCAUGCCAUAUGGGCGACGGAGGACGAUUACCGAGCCUGGAACAACAAUGGCGACGACACGAUGUCGACGAACUCGAAUUACGACCAGAGGCAAUCACAGAGUCGCUCCGGGAGCGAACCCCCGAACAAGAAAUCGAGGAAUUCCCAGGAUGUGACUUCUUCCAAUCGAUCCAAAGCUAUUGGGAAAAUGUUUUUCAAGACCAAACUUUGUUGCAAGUUCCGCGCCGGGACGUGCCCAUAUAUAACUAACUGUAAUUUCGCCCACAGCAUUGAAGAGCUUCGGCGGCCUCCUCCGAAUUGGCAGGAUAUCGUGGCGGCUCAUGAGGAGGAGAAGGCGGUGGUUUCAUCUGAGCCGAGGGAGGAGUAUCAGAUACCGUCGUUGGGAUCUUCGAAUUAUGUGGUGGAGACGCAGAGGUCGUUUAAGGGGCGGCAUUGCAAGAAAUUCUACACAGAGGAGGGGUGCCCCUAUGGAGAGAAUUGCACGUUCCUUCACGACGAGCAGUCAAAGAAUCGAGAGAGCGUGGCUAUAAGUUUGGGGCCUGGUGGCUAUGGUGGUGGCGGCAUCUCUGGGGGUGGUGGCAGCUCUGGGGGCGGUGUCGGUGGUGGUGCUGCUGCCGGGAGUGCCAGUGGGCAGAAUGCCAAACCAUCAAAUUGGAAGACAAGGAUUUGCAACAAGUGGGAGUUGACGGGGUAUUGCCCUUUUGGAAGCAAAUGCCAUUUUGCUCAUGGUGCGGCAGAAUUGCAUCGAUAUGGAGGUGGGCUUGUGGAGGGAGAUACUAGAGAUUCUUCAUCCGCACCUACCGACUCAAAGCAGGGAGGAGUACCUUCAAAAACUCCAGCAGAAACUCUGGUAGCAUCAGUCCCUUCAGUUCCUCAUUCUGAUGUUUAUCAUAUUGGAGUUCCAUCGCAAAGGUCAUGUGUUGCAAUUCAGAGGCCGGGGCAGAGAACUCAUCAGAAAUGGAAGGGUCCAGAUAAAAUCAGUAGGAUAUAUGGUGACUGGAUUGAUGACAUCGAAUAAAAAUUGAAAAGCCCUGUCAGGAAAUGUGAAGAUGGGCAUUAAGGAAUCAAUCUCCAUCGCAGAAUACUUCAAUCUCCUUAGUGGGGGCAUGGUGUCAAAUGCUGAAGAUCAGCAGUAAGAACAAUCUCUCCAUCAUAGAGUACUUUAAUCUCCUUAGUGAAGGCAUGGUGUCAAAUGCUGAAGAUGGACACUGGAUGGUAAGAAAUCAGUCUCCACCACACGGUACUUUAAUCUCCUUGGUGAGGGCAUGGUGUCAACACGUAGCUUCAAGUUUCAGUAGAAGCCUUGUCGUUGGGAGUCUUAGCCACAACAUCUUCAGGUUUGAAAAUAUGAAGCUUGUAUUACCUUUUGUAGUUUCUCUCUUUUCUCUUAUUUAAUCACCAGAUGAUCUUUUCUUCAUCCAAAGAAAUGACAGCAAUCUUUGUACCACUUUGUUACAUUUACAAAUAAUGUUCUUACCCUGGCUUUCUGUCUUUA